AUGUCGAAGAAGCGCUCCAGAGAGGAAAAGAUUGACAGGAUGCACCGAGCUGCUGGAGCUCCCUUCAAACUGAAUAUCAGAGAAUUCCGGCAGCCAAUGAAUUUUCAAGUUCCUAAACUGCCAGAAUUCGAUGAGAAAGCAGAUGAUCCAGAUCAACAUGUUUUACGUUAUGAAACUGCCAUGACUUUGUGGCAGCACAACGAUGAGUUGAUGUGCAAAAUGUUUCCGCAAUCACUGACUGGAGGAGGAAUUUCGUGGUUCAAUCAGCUCCGGGCACGGUCGAUCGGGACUUACCAAAAGAUGGUGGAAAAAUUUAUUUCUAACUACAAACACAACAGACGUGAUCGGAAGGGAUGUCACACAUUGUUCCUUCUCGCAAUUCGUAAGGAGGAAAGCAUCAGACAGUUUACUCGACGCUUCAACAAAGAGGUGGCAGACGUGGAUGGUGCCAACGAUCAAGUCGUCAUCGCGGCUUACAAACAGGCAUACCAGUUUGAUGAAAGGGGUUUAUACGGUACCUUGGUCAAGAGACCAGAAAAUACUUUGGAAGAACUGUAUGAUCGAGCAGAUGAAUAUGCUCGAGUGGAGGAUGAUUCCAAAGCCCGAGAGACGAGAGAUGUUAACAGAUCAUCCAACCACCAAAAUGAUGGGAAGAAAGACAAGUCAAAGAACCGUUCGAGUGGACAGAAUAAUGAUCGAGGUGAAGUGCAAGAGAAGACUCAUGGAGAACGGGCAUAA